UACGUACACUAUAAGAUGGCAGCCACCCCGUAUGUGCUCAAGUGGGGUAUCAUUUCCACUGGUUGGAUUGCCCAGCAAUUCGUCAAGGAUCUAUUGGAGGAUCCGGCGACUCGCAACGUCACUGACGUCGCACACAAGAUUGUCGCGGUGGGCUCGCGCACCGUAGAGAGCGCGCAGAAAUUCGUAUCGGAAUACGCCCCCAAGGAGAAGGACAUCAAGACGUAUGCUAGCUACACGGAAGUGUUCGCCGAUCCUGACGUCAAUGCCGUCUACAUCGGUACUCCGCACACGCUGCACUACGAGAACGCGCUCGAGGCACUGAACGCGGGGAAGCACGUCCUGUGCGAGAAAGCCACGACGUCCAACGCGGCGGAGCUCAAGGCGCUGCUCGCGCUCGCGAAGGAGAAGAAGCUGUUCUUCAUGGAGGCGCUCUGGACGCGAUUCCAUCCGCUCACGCUCGAGCUGAAGCGCAUCGCGGAGGAGGGCACCCUCGGGGACCCGGUCGUAGUGCACGCGGACCUCUCAGCGGACUUUGGCAUCGAAAAACUGCCUCUCACUCACCGAAUGCUGGAUCCGAAGCUCGGCGGUGGCGCAUUGUUGGAUCUCGGGCCGUACCCCUUGUUCUGGGCCAUGCUUGCCUUGUAUGAGCACCCCUCGAACAAGAACGCUCGCCCCACAAGCGUUACGGGGUCAAUCCUCACGACACCCAUUACUGGCGUCGACGCUAGCACGAGCUUCACGAUCAACUUCACCGAGCACCUGCGCGCGCAGGCCGUCCUGAGCUGCAGCAUGACUGUGCCCACGGCGCACUUCGGCGCGACUAUCCGCUACAAGAACGGGAACAUCAUCGUGAAGCCGCCGAUCUUCCGCUCGCCCUCGUUCACGGUGCAGUACUUCGACAAGACCGGCGGGGAGGUUGUGCGCGAGGAAACGAAGACGUUCAAGUACGUCGGCGGCGGCUGGCACUUCGAGGCGGACGAGGUCGCGCGGUGCCUCCGGGACGGCAAGCUCGAGAGCGACUCUUGGGGACACGAGAAGAGCAUCAUCGUAAUGGAAAUUUUCGACGAGGUUCGGCGGCAGGGAAAGUAUGUGUUGCCAGAGGGCGUAGAGAAGAUCGAUAGGGUGCAAUGAGGUUGUUGCUAGGUAAUAGCAUUUGUACGAUGUGUAGGUGCAGGUAUAUGUAAGUUACAUGUAUCUCGUGAAUACAGCGUGGUAGAGCGAAGCACGGCACACUCGCCCCUCCUUGCGGUACAGAACGAAGUAUGUGGCAUCUAAAGCGGUCGAGCUUGUAAGUUAUCUGUGAGAAAUUUGUGAGCAGGUAUUCCAUGAUCAUAAACAUGCAACGAAGUUCAGAAUAAGCGGACUAUUCGCCAAAGCGAACGCCCGAAGGUAGCUGAGAUAAUUUUCUGCAACGCAGGGAGACCCUACUAAAGCCAAAUGCCUCAAACAUCAUAACGGAGAAGGUGUAGAGCUUCGAGAGGC